AUGCUCAAGCCUCCCUCGCCGCCUUCGACGUUACACACACCCGGAUGGCAGCACUACUCAGUCGCAUUCUCGCCCUUCCAUACCAAUCGACUCGCAGUAGCAUCUGCUGCCAAUUACGGCCUCGUGGGGAAUGGGCGACUGCACCUUGUUUCGCUCGGACCCGGUCCUGGCGCGCUCCCCGGCCUUGCGCUUGACAAGUUUCUUAUCAGCUACGAUACACAGGACGGCCUGUACGACAUCGCCUGGUCGGAGAUCCACGAGAACCAACUGGUCACCGCGUCGGGCGAUGGCUCGAUCAGACUAUGGGACAUCAUGCUCAAAGACCUGCCCAUCCGCGCGUGGCAGGAGCACACGCGCGAAGUGUUCUCCGUCGACUGGUCCAACAUCCAGAAGGACAGGUUCGUGUCCUCCUCGUGGGACGGCACCGUGAAGCUCUGGUCCCCCGAGCACCCGCGCUCCCUGACGACCCUGCACGCGCACCAGAUGUGCGUCUACCAGGCGCUCUUCUCGCCGCACCAGCCCGACCUCGUCGCGACCUGCUCGACGGACGGGAGCCUCAAGCUCUUCGACAUCCGCGCGCCCGCGUACGCCGGCGGCGCGAACACAUUCACGCGGCCCACGUCUGCCGCGGCGCUCACGGUGCCCGCCGCGGGCACGGAGGUGCUCUCGCUCGACUGGAACAAGUACCGCCCUUUCGUGCUCGCGAGCGCGGGUGUCGACAAGGUGAUCAAGGUGUGGGACUGCCGCAUGGUCAAGCUCGGCGCGGGCCAGGAGCAGGUCGGCGGGGUGUGCGAGCUCCCGCUCGUCGGACACGAGUACGCAGUGCGCAAGGUGCAGUGGAGCCCGCACCGGCCGGACGUGCUCGCGAGCUCGAGCUAUGACAUGACGUGCAGAGUAUGGUCGACGACGCCUCUGCCGACGGGCGGCCAUAUGCUUCACAUUAACGACGCGCACACAGAAUUCGUAGCUGGUUGCGGGUGGUCGCUGUACGACGAGGGCCUCUUGGCAAGUUGCGGAUGGGACUGCAAACUCAAUAUGUUCCAUGUACGAUAG